AUGACUGCACAGAUUGAACAAGCCCACGAGCCGCUGGCUGCGGACACGUUUGACGAUGUUGAUUCAGACUCUACUUUUUCGGGCUCUGACCUCGAAAGUUUGGAGUCACUUCGUUCAAGCGUCUUGCAAUACCAAGAGGAGAAUGGCCGCACAUACCACGCUAUGAGCUCUGGGAAAUACAAUUUUCCCAAUGACGAAUCCGAAAGUGAUCGACUUGAUUUGCAGCACAACCUUUGGCUUUUGACGCUUCAUGGAGAACUCGGUCUUAGCCCCAAGAUCAAAGGAUCUGCCAAGCGUGUUCUCGAUGCGGGUACAGGAACCGGCCUUUGGGCUAUCGAAUACGCUGAUGCUCACCCGGAAACCAAGGUGAUUGGUGUUGAUCUAAGUCCCAUCCAACCGAACAUGGUUCCACCCAACUGUAUCUUCGAAAUCGAUGACCUCGAAAAAGAAUGGACAUGGACAGAGCCAUUUGACCUCAUCUUUGCUCGUACCAUGACGGGAUCAUUCGCCGACACCGAAAAAUUCAUUAAAAACAGCUUCGAAAACCUCGAGCCUGGUGGCUAUCUGGAAAUGCAAGAUCUCACCUACCCCAUCGCCUGCGAUGAUGGAACUCUCCUCCCAGACAGCGCCCUCGUCCGUUCCGGCAAGCUGAGCAUUGAAGCCAGCGCUAAAGCUGGGCGCGCCAUUGACCUCGCUCCUCAGUACAAGGAAUUCUUCGAAAAGGCCGGCUUUGUUGAUGUGGUUGAGAAAAAGUACAAGUGGCCUAUCAACGAGUGGCCAAGGGACAAGCAUCACAAGGAGCUUGGAAAGUGGUCUUAUGCUAACAUGAACAAUGGAUUAGAGGGACUCUUGCUUGCACUGUUCACGAGGUUCUUGGGAUGGUCGGCCGAUGAGGUUAUGGUUCUUUGCUCGGCCAUGAGGAAACAGAUUCGAGACCGAAAUGUCCACGCUUAUAUCCCUAUUUAUGUCGUAUAUGGUAAAAAGCCAGAAACAGAGACACCUUCGAAGGCCUAA